UGGCCUUAUUCUUUGUUCACAGUUAAACCGAAAUCAGUGGACGUAACAGCCGCCGGUCGUCAGCUCUCCGAUGGAUCAGUGCUCGGUCCACUGCUGGAACGUGAGAAGAUCGAGGUGGCCUGCACAGUACUGGAAGGGAAACCACAGCCGGAGGUCGUGUGGUAUUUCAACGGAAAGAAGCUGGAUGCUCAAGAAAAGACUAAUACGACAGCAGUACAACGCGUUCUACCUCUGACAGUGACACGGGCGGAGCUUGGUGGCGAGUUGAAAUGUGUUGUCACCUCAGCGGCGUUAGAUGAGCCUAUUGUCAAGCGGCUCUCACUUGACGUCAAAGUUCCCCCUAACAAAACAUUCAUAUCUGGAGUAGGAGAACACGCUACCCAGGGCACAUUACUGACUCUAAUGUGCACAGCAUCCGGCGCGCGUCCACCAGCCAAGAUAGAAUGGUUCAACGGCACUGAGAAAAUGGAGACCGAACGAUAUAAUAUCUAUACGAAGGAGGUGGAAUUGGGUGACACUACUUUUGAGACAACGUCGAAUUUGACCUUCGAGGCAACCAAAUAUGAGAAUGGGCAGAAAUUUCACUGCGAAGCAUCAAAUGAGGUCACCAUACAGACGAAAGAUCAUCCCAUGCAUGCUGAGAGAAUCCUUGAAAUUUGGUACCCUCCAAUAGUGAGAGUAGAACCAGACAACGUUACUGUCGUAGAAGGAUCUAAACUACUCCUCAAAUGCGAAUACGAGAGCAAUCCAUCCUCUUUGAACAGCGUUUUAUGGUAUCGUGAUGGUGAAAGAGUGAGCGUGAACGAUACGUCUCACUACCAAGGUGGCACCACGGAUCAACACUCGCUGAUUAUUCUUGACUCUAGGGGUGACGACAUGGGCAACUAUACAUGUCUGCUAGCUAACGCCGUCGGGAAUGGCACCAGCGACCGCACCAUCACCGUCAACGUGCUCUAUAAGCCCGAAGUCAGACUGACGAUGAGUUCACCAAGUCCAAUUCUAGAGACAGAUCACAAAAACGUGACCCUCACAUGUGAGGUGAUAACAGGCAACCCUCCCCUAUUGGAUGAGGUCAUCUGGUACCUUGAUGGGGAACUUCUAAAACAUUUACCAGAAUGCAACGGAACUGAUGGAGAAGAAAAUCUUUGCAACGAAGUGGAUCCAUCUAUGCUUCUGCUGCAGGAUACUACUAAGAGUUUUCAUGGAAACUACUCAUGUAAGGGCAAGAAUGUCGCCGGAUGGGGCGAGGAGAGUAACAAGACUGAACUAGUCGUCAACUAUCCUCCGGGUCCUGCGAAACUGACAUACUCCCCGUGGAGGGUGGUAAAAGGAAAGAGUUUGGUGCUAAGUUGUAGCAUACAGGAAAAAGGAAGACCUGAGGUUCACAGAUUCCGCUGGCAUCGCGGUGGCCGAGUGGUGCCAGACAUCGUAUCACAGAACUGGACCAUUGACCCCGUGACCCUCGACCACCGCACUACCUUCACCUGCCGAGGCACCAACGCCGGCGGCGAAGGCCAGCCCGCUACCAUCGCCCUCGAUGUACUGGCUCCACCAAGUUUCAAGUAUGCCAUGAACCAUUACAGCGGUGCUUUAUACAAAUCUCAGAACAUCUCCCUAUCUUGCACGGUGGAAUGUGCUCCACUAUGUAGCGUGCAGUGGUUGAAAGACGGCCAGGUGAUAGACGAGAAGAACGAGCGAUACUACAUCAUCAACAGGAAGAUCGAGCCGCAGUUCAACAGAAACGACUUCGAAGCAACAGAGUCCACUUUGCACUGGAACAUGUCGGCGUGGCCGGGCGGCGUGCUGGACCGCGCGGCGGACAGCGCGCGCUACACAUGCCGCUCCUCACGCAACGACGCCGGCCCGCCCGUCAACAGUACAACCAAAUUUGCAGUUGAAUAUGAACCAGAGAAUAUCACGGUUACACCUAAAGUGGUCUCGGUCAUCGAGAACGAAAUACCAGGGAAAGUCGUUUGCUCGGCGAAGGGUUUCCCAAUGCCGAGCUACGUUUGGCGACGGGAUCAUCCCAGCAAGAGCGCGAGUCGGUCGCACGACAACUCGUCCCUCGUGCUGUCCUCGUCUAGCACGCUGCUGCUGCCACCCGUGCGCCGCGACCACGCCGGGCAUUACACCUGUGAGGCGUAUAACCGCCACGGUCUCAUAACUACGAGCGCGCUCCUCGACGUCAUGUUUGUACCGGAGUGUGGAAUAAAGAGGACUAUGAUUGAUGGAGAUCCCGUGCUAGUAUGCACGGCACACGCCAAUCCACCAGAGGUUUCGUUUCUCUGGAAGUUGAAAAAUGAUAAUGACAGUUUGACGGACGAGGUGAUCACUAAGUCAGGUUCCCAGAGCUUUCUGAAGCUCAGCAGCAGCGUUGACGUUUACCGCACAUACCUCUGUAUCGCCAACAACUCCGUGGGAAUGUCGAGGCAAUGCGAGAUGGACGUAGUCGGAGUGGUGCCGUGGUGGCGGUCGUCACAGAAGCUGGUGCUGGUGGCAGGCGUGGCGCUGGCAGCGCUGCUGCUGGCGGUGCUGCUCUGCCUCAUCAUACUCUGCGUGUGCCGACGCAUGAGGGCAAAAGCCAAGUCUACGCCCUUGGUCCGAGCAUACUCUUGGUACACAAUGUCAAUGCCACCUUCAAGGUCACCGCUAGUAGUGCCAAUGCAGAGUCCGGAUGGUAGCUGUAUAAACGAGGUGUCGAUAGCCCAGUCAAUAAUAUCGCAAGCUUUACCUGCUUUGUCACCGCGAAUAAACUUGUCUUUUAGUCCGAAAUCGUCAGAUCGGACUAGAUUAGUUGAUUCACAGAAUUAUCCGCACAACUUAGAAAUGAAUAAGUUCAAUGAACAAACAGUCACUAGUAGCUUGCAAGCUAAUCUAUCACAAUUAGAAGCUAGUAUAAAUUGCAAACCUAAAAAUGAUGAAACAAAUGAAAAUCAAGAAACUCAGAGUCCCAAACCUGAACCGAGAACUGAUGCUGAUAAAGUUCAAACUGUAGUAACACCAAAUAAGUGGCCACUGAAACCUGGCGUUUUGGUUCAUGUAAAUUCUAAUCAUACUUUAAGUCCGAAAAAUCAAGCGCGCCUUCAAAACGCACAAAAAACUGUGGAGUCGGAAGAAGCUAAUUUAGGAUUACUUGAAAGAUAUAGAAAUAAAACUGACGAUGCUGUAUCGGUAUCAAAAAUGGAAUAUUCCAAAAAGAACGGAAGGCCAAGAAGGCACACUCAAGGUGUUGUUUCGGGACUUUUAAAGAACUUAAGAAGAAAAAGUGAUGAUUCCGAUGACAGUAGCGGCAAAUAUAAGAAGAUAAAUAAAUCGAAUAAAAGAGCGGUGUCUUUAAUGAGUUUAAAUAAAACUGGUUAUAACAUACCAAAAGUUGUGUCAUUUAAAAGACCGGACAGAAUUGCAACUAGUGUUAAAGUGAAGCCUUUUAACGAUCAAACACCAACUAAGAUGACGAGAAAACGAAAAAAGCCUGGCGACGACAGCCCGCCUACGAAUGGCGUAGAUAAUACAGCGAACGGCAAUUUAGGAACGGACAAUCCAGGUCUCUACGAGAACCUUCCGUUCCAUGGCUUGCAACAACCUCCCAACAAGCCUGUACAAGCGAUACAACCGAGAGUUGUGGAAACCAAUCAGAAAACAACGAAAGGAAUUGAAACAUUACAAAAACAACUGACGACCAAUCCUUCAUUCACACCAAGAAUUGUGUGUCCACCGUUCAUGCAAAAUACUAUAAGCUAUCCGAUAGCAUCUGCUUCAAACUCACAGUAUCAAACAUUUGGAAUACCUGUACUCUCGCCUAUACAACAAAUGUACCCAUUACAUCAAACGGUUUUACUAAAUCCUUACUUACCACAAAUGCAAACGUCCUUUUUAAAACAAUUUCCGACUAUUGAUGAAGAGAUUUCAGAAUCAGAUACGAGAAAAUUCUCAUCACUUAAUACAAGGAACAUAAAUAGGAGAUUACCUCAAUUUCAAUCUAUGAGGGUCGUUAGAAAAAGAAAUAUUGAAAGAUUUUACCCAAACACUGAAUACGGGGAAAAUUUUAACGAAAUCAACAAUAACAAAGACAAUCAUGGUGAAUUCGAUAACGACAAAAAUGUUAUUCUUGAUCAAGAUAUCAUUUAUGCAAAUUUCCCAUCUCUUCUUAAAGUUAAAUCUGAUAUAAGUGGCGUGGAACAUUUCGAAAAUCUUACGGAUUCCAUACAAAUAUGUGAAGAGAGUAUCAUACCGAUCAGCACAUCUACUACAUCACUGAGUAGACCAAUACCUGCUCCUAGAACGAAGUUAACACCUAUCAACAGACCUCUUAAAAAUGAUCACGUUUAUGUUAAUUUAUCAAUGCCAUUAAUCAAUACAAAAUUAUCAGAAUCAUUUGACACUGUUGAUGCUCCUGUAAGACCGACUAAAUCUGCUGAUGAUAUUUCUACAGUAAAACCGUUAAUAAAUAAUGAUAAAGAUAAAGUCAAAAUAAAUAAAGAAGAUGAUAACAUAAAUGAAAGCGAAGAUGAAAACGAAGAGAAAAACAUUAAAGCAAACGUGUCAAAACCAAAUAUAAUCGGAGCUACACCAAAACGGAAUUUGUCAAUUACUCUACCGUCGACCUCAUUGGUCAAAUCGGUUGUGAGCCAAUUAAAUGAUCAAGGCAUGAAUAAAGUGGGAUUGCCAAAAAAACAAGUAAUAACGCCCAACAAAACUUUGCAAAUACCAAAGUUGACUGAAAAACCUAUACCAAAGAGAUCAGUUGUAAGACGUAGUAACUCUGUCCAGAGCACUCUGAACGUGGACUUUGAAAACGGUCAGAACACUAACCUACUACAGCAACAAUACAUGCCAAAACGUAACCAUUUUAGUAAUCUAAGUUCAAAAGGCAAAAACAAGAAAAAUUUCCAAAUACCAUUGCAAAAACAUCAUAGUUUUUGUUAUUUUCAACCAAUAAGAGUAGAUAAGAGAAUACCCGUAGACCAGGAGAGAUCUUAUAAUAACACAAUAGGUCCAAUGAUAUACCAGCCAUCUGAAGCACAAUAUUACACGAAAACUUUAAACAGAACUAGAGAAAAAAACAACCACAAAUUAAAUAGACUAAAAAAAUCUGAAAGUUUAAGAGAGAAGUUAUCUUGUGUCGGUGUAUAUGACAAUUACGAAAAACCCGACUAUCCCGAACCUGAAUACAAUGAAUCUGAAAGAAGAUCUUACCUCCAACUUCUGAAAGGGAACUACAUAUCAAAUUCAACAAGGAACUUGGGCCCUGAACAUAAUUACAGUACCAAUUACAAUACAGUUGGUCCCAAAGAGGAGAAACCUAGACAUAAGAAAUUAGUGUAUGCAGAUUUAGCUUUAGGGAAUCAUAAUUUAAAAUUUAAGAAUACAGUCAAUUCUAAUAGACAUCUGUACGAUACAUACACUAUAGGUAGUGAAAUUAACAAAGAUACUAACGGUAGCCAUAAGAGUAAUGUUUCUAGUAAUCAAAGGAAAGCAAACCAAAGUCAGCAGAGAAGUGACUACGCUACGCUUAAAUUUAACGAGAUUGAUCCCUUCAAGCCGGAUGAUCAUUUGAUAUACGCCGACGCCGAUCUCAAAGACUACGGGCCUAUCAACUACAAGGCAGCGUCUAUCUACGCGCAAAUGAAGAAAGUGAAGGAACAACAGAGAUUACAGGAAAUAUACGACAAACAAAACCCAGAAAACGAUUUACUUUGAUUCGAUAAUUUAUGUUGUAACAAAUUUUUAACAUGUUCAAGUUGACAUGUUAACAUGGCAGUGUUGUGUCUGAAUAAUUUCAAUAUUUUUAAACUCAUUCUUGCAAUGGUAAGUUUUUCUAUGCCGUCAGAGUUGUAUUACUUGUCUCGAUUGGCAAUGUCGCAGGCUCUUAUGGAAAUGUCACGUUUUUUUAGAUACUCUAUAGUAAAUUUAUAACGAAAAUCUACAAGAAUACAAUGAGAUCUGAACGAAACCAUUCUGAGACAUUCUGAAAGAAAUUUAACUCUUGACAGAUAAUUAUGUAUAUUUUAACAUGUCAUUAUUUAACAUGUUAUGGAAGGCGAAACUACUGUGUAUGUAAUUUAUCGAAGGAUAUAUUUAAAUAAUUUUUAUUUACAAUAUGAUUUAUUUAAAAUAUAAAUGGAGAAGUAAAACUCAAAACCCCAGAGUUUACAGCUGAUUGUAUAGUACAUGUUACAAUUAUCCAAAUAUUAAUGUAAAUAUAAAAAUCACCUAUAUAAAUGUAUAUUGUAACUUAUUCUAAAUUAUUACAAUAACGUUGGUAACGUUAACUACGUUGUAAUACCGAUUGGUUGGAUUUAAAUACGAAUUUACUUGAAUAUGUUUUCUGAUUUCCUGUUUCUUAGAUAUACAUGGAAUAUAUUAAAUCUAUCCAUAUGUCUGAGUAAUUUAAUGGUCCCUUUUAUACAACAGGGUAUUCGACAGAAUUAAAUAUUUAUAAAAAAAGAACAUCGUCAAUGAAUCUGUUUUAAUUAUUUUUAGUUUCGAUUUAAUUAGGAAAGUUUUUGAAUUAUGAAAUUGGUUUGAAUUGCCUACCUCGACAGUUUUUUGGAUUAAAAUUAUAUUGUAUUGAGUAUCUUAUAUUUCUUUUACUAAGUAAUGAAAACAAUAAAACAGAAACGCUAAAACAUAAUAAAACUUCAUGGGAGAUCUUUAACACGACUAGAAAGAUGGUAAUAUCCGUCCACACGGGAUAGUCAGAUACUUAGUCGAUUUUAGUAAGUGGCCAUGUCUCUGUAAAUUUAUUGUAUAAUACUGUAAACUUUAUUAAUUAGAAGAAAAAAACAAAGAAUAUCCAAAGAUAAUGGGAUACGUUACGCCAAAUGAGAUACGUGUGCAUUAUGGCACCAGAAAUUAGUGUUUUUUUUAUAUUUUAUUUUACAGUCCGUACAAUGUCGGCAUUUAUUUAUUAAGGUUUUUGUUUUAUAAGUUUCUUUUUAUUUCGACAACGAAUUUAUGUAUAUUUAAAAUGAUUGAUGUAUUUUUGGAGCAUAAUAUUGUUAAUAACAACGCUUAAAAUUAAUAAUAACAUGGUUUAAUAAUUGUGAUAAAUAGUCUGAUUUAUGUGGUGCCAUUUUGUAAUAAUGUAUGUUUAAUUCAAAAUGGCAUCAUAUCUCUUUAAAAAAAUAAUGUUCUGUAUUGUCAACAUUUAAAUUUUUAUUACAUUAAUGAACGUUGUGAGAUUAAAAUCUUUGAUAUGUAUUUAAACGUAAUAACUAAUGAAACACUAAUGUAAAUAUUAGAUGGAACUCCUGACAUAUAGGCUUUUAGAUAUUUAAAGUUAAAAUGUUAUUUUAAUAAAUCAGAUAAAUAAUAAUUUAAAUGGUAACACAUUUUAGUUCAAUAUAUUUGAAAUUUUAUAAAUUAUAUUUACCCAUCAAUAUAUAAUGGGCUCAAGUGGCUUACGGCCCAUUCUCCCAAUUUGAUUGCGUAAUUAUUUUCCCUCUAUUUUAAAAGAGAAAGAGCCUAUUUUUCAUGAGUUUCUUGUAAUGUGGCACUGAAUAAAAAUGUGCUCAAUCUAUAUUUAUGUAUAGACUAAAUUAAAAGCGCUAUUGAAAUGGUCGUUGGUAUAAUUUUCUCUGGUGUAAGCAAUAUUAUUUGAAUUAAUUUUUAAUUCAAAUAAAAAGACCUCUAGUUACUGUAAAAAGUUAUAUCAAUUGCCUUGUACUUUUAUUUUUGAGGAAUUUUCGAUAUUGAAAUUUUAAUGCGCCAUUCCUUUAGUUUUAUUUUUGUGAACGACCAAAUCAAAAUGCGCUGCCUGUACUAAAAUUAGUAAAAAAAUACUGGUAAUUAUUUAAAAGUUAGACAAAGUUUUGUACAUACAACUUGUUAUUAUAUUGUCAAAUAGUGUUAAUAAAUUAAUUUAUGGAUUUUUAAUU